AUGGGGGUCGAAGGUUUUCGAGUUUUGCAGGCGAAUUUGCGGAACGACAAAGCUGGGACUCUGGAGGCGAGUCAGUUGUGGGAGGAAAAACGGAUCGAUGUUCUCCUUCUACAAGAGCCAUACGCAGCACAUAGUAAUAAUAGUUUCAAAAUACCUGGGUUCGGUUGCGGCAUACAAGUUUCUGCCGAAACCAGGUCUAGGCCAUAUGCGGCCAUUUGCUUAACGAAUCCUAAAUACCAGUUGCUGGUUUUAUCACAACUUAGUACAACUCACUGCCUAUGCGCUCAGAUCAUGGGACCUGACACAUCGUUCUUCGUCGCCUCGGCAUACUUGCAGUACAAAGACGAAAUAGACAUGCAUUUAAAGCACUUAGAGAGAGUGGGCCGAGCACUGAGAGGGAAACGGGUAUUUAUAUCAAUCGACGCGAACGCGAAAUCCGAGAGAUGGGGAUCUGAGACAGACGACGUGCGUAGUGAAAAGUUAGAGCAAUUUAUUGACGCACACGAGUUAGAGAUAAUCAACAACGCGAGGGAGGGUCUGACGUUUGAAUCAACUAACGGGAGGUCGUAUAUCGAUGUGACACUCGUCACGCCUAAACUCGCGAGUAGCAUUAUUAGCUGGUCCAUAAAGAGAAGUUGGGUGCAGAAUACUGACCACUACCCGAUCGAGAUCACUCUAGAAGCUAAGUCGGGGGAGAAGGAUGGCGCACAGGCAGACCCCAAGAGGUUCAACUUAACGUUGGCCAAUUGGGAAAAGUUUGACGAAAUCCUUUUCUCGUGUGCAUGCACAAACCUUGAUGACCUUGGAGUGGAAUCGGUUGAGGACGUAGAAAGGUAUGCUUCUGCACUUGACAAAUUAAUUUUAGAAGCUUGCGAAGCCGCGAUUCCGCGUACGAAAACCCAUGUAAAAUCAUACCCAUGGUGGACCAGGAAAUAA